CUGCAGUUAUCGAUGGCAUUAACAAUGGAGCAUUAGGAUCCAGAGAGGUGAUAGCCAGCCUGACAACGGCUGAGGGUGAAGAUAUUUGAGGAGGGGGGAGCUCCUCCUCGGUGAGCACAGGGGGAGGAGGAGGAGGAGGAGGAGGAUGGGCCUCGAAAAACAGACUUGCAAUGGCACUGCAAAAAUUGGAUUAAAGCAGUAAUGCUGGACAAGAGUGAGGUGGCAACACUCGGCCUACCCUCUACCACCAGCCAUGGGGGCUCAGACAGCAACAUCAGUGCAGAGGGAGCAGGGGUGUCAGCGUCCGGGGUCGCAGCUGGAGGUGCAGAGGGUUCAGUGGCCGCCGAGCCGCAGCGAACACGCGCCGCUCUGGAGCACCUGCAGCAGAAGAUCCUGAAGGUCACCGAACAGAUCCGCGUGGAGCAGGAGGCCCGUGACGACAACGUGGCUGAGUACCUGAAGUUGGCCCACAACGCUGACAAACAGCAGGCGUCCAGGAUCAAACAGGUGUUUGAGAAGAAGAACCAGAAGUCGGCACAGACCAUCGCACACUUGCACAAGAAACUAGAGCACUAUCACAAGAAGCUAAAGGAGAUAGAACAAAACGGACCCGCCCGGCAGCCUAAGGAUGUCCUGCGGGACAUGCAGCAGGGACUGAAGGACGUGGGAGCCAACGUUCGUGCUGGGAUCAGUGGUUUUGGAGGUGGUGUCGUUGAAGGAGUCAAAGGAGGCGUUUCUGCCCUUACUCACACAGCCGUGGUCUCCAAGCCCAGAGAGUUUGCCAGUCUCAUCAGGAACAAGUUUGGCAGCGCAGAUAACAUUGCUCACCUGAAAGACACUCUCGAGGACGGGGGCCAUUCUGAAGACACCCCAACACCCCGGGCGCUGAGUGGAAGUGCCACUCUGGUCUCCAGCCCAAAGUACGGAAGUGACGACGAGUGCUCCAGCGCCACGUCUGGCUCGGGCGCGUGCAGUAAUUCUGGUGGGGCCGGGGGAGGAGGAGGAGGAGGGGGCAUAUUAGGACCAACAAUGGGGAGUCCCAGGCUAGACGGGCACCACCACCACCAUCACAUGCACAGCUCCUGGGACACUCUGCUCGAGGGCCUGCAGGAAAUCAAAGGCUGUCAGGCGCACAUGGAGGACACCAUCGAGGACAUGAAGGGCCAGCUGCAGAGCGACUACUCCUACAUGACACAGUGCCUGCAAGAGGAGAGAUACAGGUACGAGCGACUUGAAGAGCAGCUCAAUGACUUGACAGAGCUGCACCAGAAUGAGAUGACCAACCUCAAACAGGAGCUCGCCAGCAUGGAGGAGAAAGUGGCCUACCAGUCGUACGAGAGAGCGAGAGACAUCCAGGAGGCCGUGGAGUCGUGCCUGACCCGCAUCACCAAGCUGGAGCUGCAGCAGCAGCAGCAGCAGGUCGUCCAGCUGGAGGGAGUGGAGAACGCCAACGCCCGAGCUCUGCUGGGAAAGCUCAUCAAUGUCAUCCUGGCGCUCAUGGCCGUCCUGCUGGUCUUCGUCUCCACGCUGGCCAACUUCAUCACCCCACUGAUGAAGACCCGAGCCCGGGUGGCCACCACCGUGCUGCUGACGCUGCUGCUGUUCGUCCUUUGGAAGCAGUGGGACUUUGUAGAGCCGUGGCUGCUGCCCAGCUGAGCGCCCUGCCAGAGACUCACAGAGGGGACCUGAGCAUCCAGAGUCUCAUGCUGGUUCCAGCUCUGUCACCACCACUUAAGGAUUCAGAGACUGAAAUGAGAUAAGAGCUGCUGCACUCGUCCCCUUUGACCUUUAAAGUGGGAGCAUCUGAGGGCAAAACAUGGCACUUUUACAGAUGAGGACAGGAUGAGGACAGUGUGUCGACAGGUGUUUACAGAGAAAAUAAAAAAGACUGAGGACAUCAUCUCAUCUCGUCCAAAUCUAAUCUGAUGAUGAUCCGUCAUCGAUUGCAUUGCUGUCACCAAAACUCCUGCAAGACGUCUUUGGGUCGUCUUUUUUGAUUAUUUAUGAAAUAUGAAUUAAUAAGACUAUAGAGCAACUUAUGAUGACUGUAAAAUCAUGUAACCUUCAUGUUGAAGCUGGUAUAUUUGAGAGGAACAGGUUGUUUUUCAUGAAUGUCAUGUGCUCAUGCAUGUCGAGUAUGUGCACUGAAAUGCAUUUAGCUGGCAUGAGUUAACAGGUCAUAGACGACUAAAUGAAUCUUCUAUAACACACUGAACAUUUUGUCGUAAGAAGACAGUGCAGAUAUUUUGUAUUCGGUGUCACUUACUGGUUCCUUUCACAUUCUGGUCUGGUGUUUGCUUUUAGACGCGUUUUGUUUCUUUUUUUCUUGAAUGAGCAGUUUUGAAAAAAAUAACAAUAACCACUGGUAUCUACAGACGUUCAGCACAAUAAUUCUACUAGGUUAAAACUGUUAUUAUGUCCACAGAUGCUGUUUCAUCACCACUAUUGCAGAACUGCUUCUCUCCACAGUGUCAAAUUAACUGGCAUGUCUCGAUGUAUCAGAGUUUAUAUCCAGUUUGCAAAAAACAAUUAUUGCUGUUUUAUUAAACACUUUAAGAAAUAAAUG